ACACUCACGUCCCAGCAGAGGUUGAGAAAGGAGGAAGUGAGUGACAGAGAUAACAAGAGACUUGUGAGCGACUCUCUGUAAGUGACACAAGCUGCUCUAUGUCUUCCCCAGGCAUCACUUACCCCCCGCAGCUUUGUGUUUUGGAUGAUUCCUAGGGAAGUUUCUAGAGAGAGCGGACUGAACCACGCGGGGGUUUCAGGGGUGUCCGGUGUUGGUACAAAUUGUGGCAGCGGGAGGAAGCGCCUGAGCGUCGGCGAGUUGCGACUGAUCUUUGAAGCUCGGUGUUCGGCGCAGUGGAACGGACAGAGCCGGGAGCCGAGGAAGAGGAGGAUGGGCAGCGGGAGUUGGCACAGGAGUAACGGGGAGGUUGUGGAGGAGCCGCGGAUGGGGAACUGGGAGCCCCACGUUAUUCCGCACUUACUGGUCACCAGUUCCGAGGAGCCGCCGCCGCCUCCCAGUCCUAAAGCGCCGCUGUGUGACCUGCCCGGCUGGGAUGGAGUGAGGGGAGAAGAAGGGGAAGAAGGAGGAGAAGGUGCAGGAGGAGGAGGAGGAGGAGGAGGGUUACUGAAACUGAGCGGCCGCCGGCUCUCUGUCUCCAGCACUUCCCUCUCCUCCACCGGCUCCUCUUCUGCACUGGAAGACUCGGAGGAUGAUCUGCUGAGCGACUCUGAGAGUAAGAGCCAAGGACAUGUGGACUUAGAGCAGCACAGCGAGGAGAACAGUCUGAAAUCAUGGCAGAAGAUCAGAACGAUGGUGAACAUUCCUGUUUUCAGCCCCUUCAAAAGACGCUGGGUACAGCUUGCAGGGCACACAGGAAGUUUUAAAGCAGCAGCUAAUGGUACCAUUCUAAAACGCUACUCGGAAAACGAGAAGAAUGCCUUUGAGCUGGUAAUGAAGGACUCCUUGGGUCACUGUGUCCCGGCAUUCCAUGGUGUGGUGGAACGAGAUGGAGAAAGUUAUAUACAACUGGAUGACCUGCUCAAUAGCUUCGACGAGCCUUGUGUUAUGGACUGUAAGAUGGGGAUCAGGACGUAUUUGGAGGAAGAGCUGAUAAAAGCCAGAGGAAAACCAAAGUUAAGGAAGGACAUGUAUAAGAAAAUGAUUGAAGUAGAUCCACUAGCCCCCACCGAUGAAGAGAAUUCUCAACAAGCGGUGACGAAGCCUCGGUACAUGCAAUGGAGAGAGACAAUCAGUUCAACCUCAACCUUGGGCUUUAGAAUCGAAGGAAUAAAGAAAGGAGACGGCACAUGCAACACACAUUUUAAAACAACCAAAACCAGGGACCAAAUUGACCAAGCACUCCUUCAGUUUAUCGAUGGCAACAGAGACAUUUUGAAUAAAUAUCUACGCAGACUGCAAGAUAUCAGAGGCAUCGUUGAGGCUUCAGAAUUCUUUAAGAGGCAUGAGGUGAUCGGAAGCUCCUUGUUGUUUGUACAUGACAAGAAAGGCAAGGCUAACGUGUGGCUAAUAGAUUUUGGCAAGACAACACAGUUGCCUGAAGGACGGGUUCUGGACCACCGUAUACCUUGGCAAGAAGGGAAUAGGGAGGAUGGUUACCUUUAUGGAUUUGAUAAUCUUAUCGACAUAUUGUCCAGUAUUGCUUCCUGAUGGAGAUUCCAACCUGGACUUAUUGACCACUACACUAGGAUAUUUUUUUUUUAUCUUAAAGCAUUUUGCUGCCAGUAACUGAUUGGUAUUUAGCCAUGGAUUUGACAUUAUGGUGAUGGAGACAUUUUUAUCUAAAUCAGAUUUGCCUAUAAUGUGCAGCUUUCCCAUGAUGCCUCCAGUAGAACAUCUCAUCAUGUGACAUGUCCCUACAUCAACACGUCCUUCUUUAAUCUGAAACAUUCAGUCACUUAAGUUAAUGUGGUACAUGAAUAUGUCAAAUAUGAAGAAACAAUGGAAAUCCAGCUCUAUUCAUCCUCACUAUUAAUUAAUGUAAUGCUACAUACAACUGGGAAGCCAGAGCAACAUCUUGCUUUUAUGGACAGCAUUUUGAUCCUGGAUUCAACACUUCAAUCAAAUAGUAAAUAGGUGGAUUUAGGACAUGAAUGGAAAAUAGAACAUGGAUAAAUUAAAAUCUGGAUGGAAAAAAUGGAUGAAAUGUGAAAGAAUA